AUGUCGGCGGCUGCUGCAAGCCCGGCGUCCGCGCAGCCAGCCUCGGCCAAGAGGCAGCAGGAGAAGAGAUGGAGGAUGGAGGCACAGAAUGAGCUGGAUGGAAGACUUACUGACGCCGGUCCCGUGCCCCGUUCCUCUUUUGCAGACCUCCAGGUGCAGUACACCAACUACAAGAACGCCCUGCAGCAAAUCGCCCAGAAGAUUGGCGACGUCGAGCAGGAGGCCGACGAACACAAGCUUGUCCUCGAGACACUCGAGCCUCUGCCGGCCGACCGCAAGUGCUUCCGCAUGAUCAACGGCGUGCUGAUCGAGCGCACCGUCAAGGACGUCAUCCCGGCUCUCAAGACCAACGCCGAGGGUCUGAGCAAGGUGCUGGACGAUCUGGUCAAGCAGUACAAGUCAAGACAAGAGGACCUGGAGAAGUGGAAGGUUAGUGCUCGCAAAGGGCCCGGGGAGUGUCACCAUCGUGGAAGCCGGCCAGACAGCUAA